GCGACCUGCGCCUUUUUGCGACUUCUGUUGUAGUUCUGUCCCGUUUUGUCGAAACGUUGUGUUUUGCCGGCGUUAGUAAUUGCUAAGAGCUAAUAUUAAUUUGUAGAUUUUGAUUUCGUUUCGACCAAAAUGUCGACAUUUAAAGGAGGACAGAAAGUUCAGAAGGUUAUGGUGCAGCCUAUUAAUUUGAUUUUUAGGUUUUUGCAAAAUAAAACAAGAAUCCAAGUUUGGCUUUAUGAAAACGUCACUUCAAGGAUUGAAGGUUGUAUUAUUGGAUUUGAUGAAUAUAUGAAUAUUGUAUUGGACGAAGCAGAAGAGCUUAAUAUGAAGACCAAUACAAGAAAAGCCCUUGGUCGGAUCUUGCUGAAAGGAGAAAACAUAACAUUGCUGAUGAGCCUUGAAACAGCUGCUCAGUAAACUUCAUCCUGUUGUACAUUUCUAUUCAGAUGUAACCAAUUACCUACUUGUAAAAAUAUCAUUUCAUCUCUUUUAUGAAAAUAAAUAGAACUCAUUCUUAUUCUGUA